UAGGAGUUUUCUGGCGGCAGUCUAGAUUUUACUUUCUUUCCCAGAGCACUACCCCAGUUUUCAGUUGUGAACUAAUUCCCGGGUGACAUUUCGUGAUUACAUUGAACUUGUUUGACCCAGUGCGGUGCAGUUGUGCGAACGAAAAUGAAACUUCUGAUUCUGUCAGUGCUACUUGCGUCCAGCUAUGCCUUCCCACAGCACGGCGGCAACGAUUACGAGCAUCAGGGUGGUGGAAAACGGAUUGGUUCAUUCGAAACAACCACCUGGAUCCCCAUCCUGAAGUACAACAAGGAACAGGGCGAAGAUGGUAGCUAUAAGACCGAGUAUCAAACGGGCAACAACAUCGUCCACGAAGAGUCCGGCUAUCUUAAGGAUUUCUCUGACGCUCACCCGAACGGUGUCCUCGUCCAGCAGGGCGCCUACUCGUACGAAGCCCCUGACGGUCAAAUUAUUCACGUGCAGUACACGGCCGAUGAGCGUGGUUUCCAAGUCACCGGAGACCAUCUGCCAACCGAGCCACCAAUUCCGGAGGGAAUCCGCAAGGGGCUGGAGGAAAUCUACGCCGGCAUCAAGCGUCGCGAGCAGGAAGCCAAAUCGAACCCAAAGUACGCGGAAACAGCGGCCCAGAGGGCUGAACUUGACUAUCAUGGGCAGUACUAUCACCAGUAGAGGGGGUGGUAAUUUGGUUGUUUUGAGACGUUUACAAGAUUAGUUAAGUAUUUUUUUGAGUAGUCGAUAGCUGAAAACGUAAUCCCAUUGCUCGUGAGCAUUUGUGUGUAUUUAUGUUAGUUAAUCCGUUAUUUAACUUCACCCCAACAUCUUACCACUUUGUUGCUUUGAGUAUUGGAAUGUAUCCAAAAGAAAACCCAAUGAUAAACGUAAGACUGUGAUUUUCCUUCCCAUCCGGUGGACGAUUAUCCAACUAAUGAAU